UCAUAUUCUUGCUCUGUUUUCCACGCCAUAUAUAUAUUCAUAUAUAUCUCUGUAGUUUAAAAUUCCAUGCAAUAACCAUCAUUCAUUUGGUUAGAUUCAAGUUGGCACAAGAUACUUGAAUCAAAUAUCACGAGGAAAGACAUGUUGGAAGCAAUAUAUCCCUCUGGCUUUAUUUUGCAAAGCAAAUUAUAAAGGUUAGGUCCCGGGGUUGCUUUGAAGUUAAUCGAUUGAGAAGUUUACCAACCGUGUUACUGAAAGAGGUUUUUAGGAUUUACUCUCGUAAUUUUGUUGUAGCCAAAGCCAAAGCAAAGCACAACUAAGAACAAAAGAAGCUACAUUGUUUUUAUUUUCUCAUUUCAUCUAAUUUCGUGAAGUUGUCUAGUGCGAGUGACGGUUUCAUCUCUCCUGCGACAGUUAUUGUUAUUAGAGAACGAUGAGUUUUCUGAACGGUUCUUCACCUCACCGGAAUCCGGCGGAGGAUGAUAUUGAAGCUGGUCCGUUGUCUCGCCAUUCUUCCGAUGUCGACGACGGUGAUUCCUCCGAUCCGUUUGAUAUUGCUAGAACUAAGCAUGCUUCUAUUGAUCGACUUAAGCGGUGGAGACAAGCGGCGCUUGUGCUAAAUGCCUCUCGUCGAUUUCGUUAUACCUUGGACUUGAAAAAAGAGGAAGAGAAGAAGCAAAUACUGAGAAAGAUUAGAGCGCAUGCACAAGCCAUUAGAGCUGCGUAUCUUUUCAAAGCAGCUGGGGGGCAACGGCUAGAGCAAGGGCAAGGUCCCGUGAGUGGAGAUACAAAACCUGCUUUGACUUCUACUGGUGAAUUUCCAAUUGGACCAGAGCAACUUGCUUCGAUUUCAAGGGAGCAUGAUACUGCUUCUCUGCAGCAAUAUGGAGGGGUUGCAGGGGUAUCAAAUUUAUUGAAAACCGAUUUAGAGAAGGGAGUUAAUGGUGAUGAUGCCGACUUACUAAGACGGAGGAAUGCAUUUGGUUCCAACAAUUACCCUCGAAAGAAAGGAAGAAGUUUUAUGAUGUUUAUGUGGGAUGCUUGCAAGGAUCUGACCUUGGUUAUAUUAAUGGUAGCUGCAGCAGCUUCAUUGGCACUGGGGAUAAAAUCUGAGGGUAUUAAGGAAGGAUGGUAUGAUGGGGGAAGCAUUGCUUUUGCAGUUAUUCUUGUUAUUGUUGUUACAGCUAUAAGCGAUUAUAAGCAGUCUCUUCAGUUUCGAGACCUAAAUGAAGAGAAGAGAAAUAUACAUCUGGAGGUUAUUAGAGGUGGUAGAAGGGUUGAGAUCUCAAUAUAUGACCUUGUUGUUGGGGAUGUUAUACCCCUUAAUAUUGGUAACCAGGUCCCUGCUGAUGGAAUUCUCAUCACUGGUCACUCUCUUUCAAUUGAUGAGUCAAGCAUGACAGGGGAGAGCAAAAUUGUCCAUAAGGAUUCUAAGGAUCCCUUUCUGAUGUCUGGGUGUAAGGUUGCAGAUGGCAGUGGCACUAUGCUGGUAACAGGUGUUGGAAUCAAUACCGAGUGGGGCCUUCUAAUGGCUAGUAUUUCAGAAGAUACUGGUGAAGAAACACCUUUGCAGGUCCGCUUAAAUGGUGUAGCCACCUUCAUUGGUAUUGUUGGACUCAGUGUUGCUGUUCUUGUCCUGAUUGUGCUACUGGCCAGAUAUUUCUCUGGGCAUACUGAGAAUGCUAAUGGGACGAAACAAUUUGUAGCAGGCAAGACUAGAGUUCGGGAUGCUGUUGAUGGAGCAAUUAAGAUAAUAACUGUUGCGGUCACUAUUGUAGUUGUUGCAGUGCCUGAGGGACUCCCACUUGCAGUCACUUUAACACUUGCCUACUCAAUGAGAAAAAUGAUGGCAGAUAAAGCUUUGGUGAGGAGGCUCUCUGCGUGUGAGACAAUGGGCUCUGCUACAACCAUAUGCAGUGAUAAGACUGGCACAUUGACUAUGAAUAAGAUGACUAUUGUUGAGGUUUACGCCGGGGGCACGAAGAUUGAUCCUCCUCACCAGUUGGAGAGCUCUCCUAAGCUACGCUCUCUACUCAUUGAAGGAGUUGCACAGAACACUAAUGGAAGCGUUUAUGUCCCUGAGGGUGGCAAUGAUGUUGAGGUUUCUGGAUCACCAACAGAGAAGGCAAUUUUACAUUGGGCAAUACAGGUCGGAAUGAAUUUUGCGACUGCUCGGUCAGAAUCAUCAAUUAUUCAUGUCUUUCCAUUCAAUUCCGAGAAAAAAAGAGGCGGAGUUGCAAUACAGACGGCUGACUCUGAUGUUCAUAUACAUUGGAAAGGUGCUGCUGAGAUUGUUCUAGCCUGCUGUACAGGGUAUAUUGAUACAAAUGACCAGUUGAUGGAGAUGGAUGAGGAGAAGAUGACUUCUUUCAGAGAAGCUAUUGAAAACAUGGCUGCUGAUAGUCUGCGUUGUGUUGCCAUUGCAUAUAGAUCGUAUGAGAAGGAGAAAGUUCCAAAUAAUGAGGACCUACUUGCUCAAUGGUCUUUGCCAGAUGAUGAACUUGUUUUACUAGCUAUUGUUGGCAUCAAGGAUCCUUGUCGACCUGGUGUCAAAGAGUCAGUACAGCUUUGCCAAAAAGCUGGGGUUAAGGUAAAGAUGGUCACCGGUGACAAUGUCAAAACUGCAAAAGCAAUUGCUGUGGAAUGUGGAAUACUUGGUUCGUAUGCUGACGCUACAGAACGAAGUGUCGUUGAAGGAAAAACAUUUCGUGCAUUGUCAGAUGCAGAGAGAGAAGAAAUUGCAGAUACAAUAUUGGUUAUGGGAAGGUCAUCUCCCAAUGACAAACUAUUGUUAGUACAAGCAUUGAGGAGGAAGGGCCAUGUUGUGGCUGUAACAGGGGAUGGAACGAAUGAUGCCCCUGCACUUCAUGAGGCGGAUAUAGGUCUUGCAAUGGGUAUUCAAGGUACAGAAGUUGCCAAAGAGAGCUCUGAUAUCAUUAUUUUGGAUGACAACUUUGCUUCAGUUGUGAAGGUUGUCAGAUGGGGACGAUCUGUUUAUGCAAAUAUUCAGAAAUUUAUCCAGUUUCAGCUGACAGUCAAUGUGGCAGCUCUUGUUAUAAAUGUUGUUGCUGCAGUUUCCUCUGGUGAAGUUCCCCUGAAUGCAGUGCAGCUUCUCUGGGUAAAUCUUAUCAUGGAUACUCUAGGAGCACUAGCCUUGGCAACUGAACCACCAACUGAUCACCUAAUGGAUCGGUCUCCUGUGGGUCGAAGAGAACCUCUCAUAACAAAUAUUAUGUGGCGGAAUUUGCUGAUACAGGCGAUAUAUCAAGUGUCUGUCUUGCUUGUUCUCAAUUUCCGAGGUAUCUCCAUACUAGGUCUGGAGCAUGAGCAGACUGAACACGCAACCAAAGAAAAGAACACUUUGAUCUUUAAUGCAUUUGUUAUCUGUCAAAUAUUUAAUGAAUUUAAUGCACGUAAGCCAGAUGAAUUCAACAUUUUUAAAGGAGUCACGAAAAACUACCUCUUUAUGGGGAUAAUAGCCUUCACUGUUGUGCUUCAGGUUAUCAUCGUUGAAUUUCUCGGGAAGUUCACUACAACUACCAGGCUUAAUUGGAAGCAGUGGCUCAUUUCUGUUGCUAUUGGAUUCAUUGGUUGGCCUCUUGCUGUGGUUGGGAAAUUGAUACCAGUACCGGCAACUCCGAUCAAUAACGUAUUCCCUAAGUUUAGAAGAACUUCAAAAAAGAAGGAACCUGAGACUUCCCAAUAGUAUCGUACAUAUUGGUUGUGCAUCUUGCUGUUACAGACAUUAACCGCCCUUUCAUAUGUUUUCCUACUGAUGGUUUGUAAAGGAAAAUAGUAUACUACUACAAAACAUGUUUCUUUUGCUACUUGGCCAACAUUAACAUGCUAAUUUCAGGAGAAAUUUGGAGUUGCUUUACACCUAGGUUCUAACAAAUAUAUACGGAAAUUUGAGCUAGUUUUGGUUUUUGUGGAUUGUAUUUGUUUUAUGUUGAUAUUUUCGCAGAUUUGAUGAGUUACAAAGAUAUUGGUAAUUAUCACUUCAAAA